GAAUUCCAUUUUGAAUGAAUAACAAUAAAAGUCACAUAAGCACGUCUCUUAGCUAAUUUCUUCUUCUACUUGUUCUACUUGUUCUCUUUCACCUGUUCACCCAUAUCAUCCAUUCAUCAAAUUGCAUUUGCAUGGAUCUUUGUUCCUGAAGAAUACACUAGUAUAUAUAUAGAACCAUGGUUAUUGGAAAUAUUCAUCACACAUUCUCCUCAAGUUCAUUGAAAGUGCAAUGGCAAAGAUGGUGGUACUUGUAUUUUGCAUCCUUGUAGGGUUCAUGAAUAUUGCAAGUAUUCCAUCAUCUACAGCUGCUCGUUUAUUAGGAAGUAACAACAAAACCAAUGUGUCGACUCUAGAGAAGAAUGUUAAGAGUUAUAUGUUGCAAAAUGGACUUGGACGUACUCCUCCCAUGGGAUGGAAUAGCUGGAACCAUUUUGGUUGUGAUAUCAAUGAAAGUUUAAUCCAAGACACAGCCGACGCAAUGGUGUCAACUGGCCUUGCUGCUUUAGGGUACAAAUAUAUUAAUUUAGAUGAUUGUUGGGCGGAACUUAAUCGAGACUCAAAGGGGAAUAUGGUUCCCAAGGCUUCAACGUUUCCUUCAGGAAUCAAGGCUCUAGCUCAUUAUAUUCAUAGGAAAGGCUUGAAGUUGGGAGUUUAUUCAGAUGCCGGAAAUCUAACUUGUAGUAAACGUAUGCCUGGAUCACUGGGACAUGAAAUACAAGAUGCCAAAACAUUUGCUUCUUGGGGAGUUGACUAUUUGAAGUAUGAUAAUUGUGAAAAUAACGGAAUAAGCGUUCGCGAAAGGUAUCCACCAAUGAGUGAAGCUUUAUUAAACUCCGGAAGGCCAAUCUUCUUCUCUAUGUGUGAAUGGGGAUGGGAAGAUCCUGCAACGUGGGCCAAAAGUGUGGGAAAUAGUUGGAGAACCACGGGUGAUAUAGAAGAUAAUUGGAAGAGCAUGACUUCUAUUAUAGAUGCAAACGACAAAUGGGCAUCUUAUGCUGGACCUGGAGGAUGGAAUGAUCCUGAUAUGCUUGAAGUUGGAAAUGGAGGCAUGACCACAGAGGAAUAUCGUGCCCAUUUCAGCAUUUGGGCAUUAGCUAAGGCUCCUUUAUUAGUUGGAUGUAAUAUUCAAGCAAUGGAUAAUACCACAUAUGAAUUGAUAAGCAACUCAGAAGUUAUUGCAGUAAACCAAGAUAAACUUGGAGUUCAAGGAAAGAAAGUGAAAAGCAACAAUGAUUUAGAGGUAUGGGCAGGUCCCCUUAGUAAAAACAAAGUAGCAGUGGUCUUAUGGAAUAGAAGUUCAUCAAAUGCAACAGUUACUGCGUCUUGGUCUGACAUAGGCCUUGAACCAGAAACGAUAGUUGAUGCAAGAGAUUUAUGGGAGCACUCAACGCAAUCAUUGGUUUCGGGAGAAAUAUCUGCUGAUUUAGAUUCACAUGCUUGUAAAAUGUAUGUUCUGACACCAAAAAGGAGUUAAUCUUCGAUGCUAGAGAAGAAGAUAAACAGUAGUAGUCAGUUUUUGACACGUACUGUAUUGGCAAACCAUUCACCCAUUCAUUGGUCUUAAAGAGGAGCGACAAAUAAAGUAAUAUGAAAUUAUUUUAAUCUCAAAAAUGUAAGAAUAAAUGUACUCAAUGAGCUCUAAAUGUAUUUGCAAUUAGAUGCAAUGUGAUCUACUUGAUUUUACGGCAAUAGGCAUUUCAAAUCUUAUUGACUCUAAA